AGCGUGUAACGGAACGAUUUUACUAGUCUCCAAUGACGUCAUUAUGACGUCAUUCGAUGUUGACUUUUGACAUUUGAAUAGCUUCAAUUCAAAUUUCAAUACUUUUUGUUAUCAUUUAUUUAUGAAAAUCUGUGAAGAAUGCAUUGAAACAGUUCUGUUACAAUAAACAAACAUGAAGUCUUUAAAAUAUGGGCUUAGUUUCGUUCAGUAUUGUUAAUUUAAACGAUUAUUUAAAUCUAGAAGUUUGUGUUUUGUUAAUUUCGUUUGUUAUAACUUAAAAAUGAAGCCAGGGAAGAGUUCGGAUGUGACUGAGAUAGCUGAAGUUCAUACAACCGCUCGAUCACCGUCACCCAAGCAAAGAGUUAAGGAACGCUCAAGAAGUAGAUCUGGUUCGCGGAAACUAUCUAAUGGUCAUGCUACCACUGAAAUCGAAGCAAUCACAGUUGAAGAUGUCUCUGAAAAGGCUAAAAACCGUGAGAAUUGGAAAAACUCCGAACAGGAAUCCAUCGAUACCGAAAUACCUAUACAUGAUCAAAUUAAAAUGGAUAUACUUGGUUUUGUUGAGAAAGAAAUAAAGAAAACUGAUAAGCCGUCGUUUGUGUUCUAUUCCCAUGAUCCGAAUGGCUUGGACGAUAAGUUUAUGAAGACAUUAUCAAGACCAUCAAGUGGGCACAAAGAGAAGCGCAGUCCCUCUUAUAGGAGGAAGAAAAGGCAUACUUCUAAACAUCGGGACAGGGAUUUACAUGAUUUUGAAAUACCUGGAUCUAGUUUGAUAGCUUUAGAGAAGGUUGACGAUUACUUAAAAGAGUACAACAAAGAUGAAGUAGUGACGCUCAGUGGGGAGUUAGAAAUAGAGAAUGAUGUGGAAAACAAUAACGGAUCUUCCCGGGAACUGCGGCACAAGCCACGCAAGACUCGACGAAAAACCAGGGAGGAGAGGCAUGAGGCUCAUUCGAACGGUAGAGACGUUAGUCCCAAAGUGUUUAAGACUGCUAGUAGGAGUAAGGCUAAACCAGCGCGUCCCGCAGACCUAACAACAAUGCUAGAGAGCUUACAAUCAAGUGUGCCCUAUCAUGAUCAGUAUAUUGACAAUCCAUUUUCAUCACCAUCACCUCUCACAUCACCAAACGAUGAUAGAAUGGAUCCAUUCUCUAGAAGACCAGAUAAAAUAUAUCUGCAAGGCGGUGGAACUUUCAGGGUUGUGUCUCGAGAUAGAAUAUUGGAGUCGCAGCAGUCCAGGGAUGAGGAAAAGUAUGCUAGGCUCGGCGACAUAACACCGCUAGAUGUCGCUCUAACAUUACAAAAAGCAUGGCGUUCGUUCGCACCAGCUUGCCACGGUGUGCUCGGGGGUUUAUCGCUAAUGCACCUACUGCUUAUAAGCUAUUCUGAUAGCUUGGAUGCAGGACAUCUAUCUUUCCAUGCAGUGGUCACUAUGCCUUAUGUGGCCGCGUAUUACUUCUUCUGUGUUCUGUGCUUAGUGUCUGUUUUGGACCGGCUAGACAUAACCAGCAUAGACACAAGCCGAGGUCUCCAACCCUGGUUCCAACCGAUCGUGCUAGUUAUACUAUAUACCGCGUGUUUGCUCGUCUGCACUGCGGCGAGGAUGUAUGACGAGCUCAUGGUCUACCAGUAUGCUCCGCUAGUGGCUAAUAUAACUGCUAAUAUUACUACGCCAACAAUACCAACGUUCUACCACACGUGGACACAUUUUUCAAUAUGGCGCGCGGUGCUAUCAAUACUGGGGCUCGUAUAUUUCGUCAUAUCUAGCCCGCAAGACUUGGUUUACGUUAAUUUGAACAAAUUAUUGCAAUUUAAACAUUCUCUGCAGAGUAUUGGAUAAUUUAUUUUCUUAAUAAGUAUACAAUAUUAUGUUUUUGGCCAAAGAUAAUUUUACUGUGAAGGUUCUUUCUAGAAGUGUGUGAGAGGGAUGGAAAUAGCGUUGUCUCUUUCUAAUUUUUAUUUAGUUUACGACAUGAACGUGACCAUCGCGCUAAAGCGACUGAGUGCAGUGUGGCCGGUUGACCUCUGUUGAGCGGAACAUCAGUGAUGUAGGCGGUGACUUCUCCAUUCGUAGUAAUAGUAUCUCAAUGAGAAUAACCGGUAAAAAAAAACCGGUUUAUUAAAGAUGGUAUUUUUUUCUGAUAAUGUACAAAUAUAAAAAUUAUAAAGAGUGGAUUUUUAAGUAAAGUGUAUUGGGAAGAAAUAGGCUGAGAAUAAUUUUAUUCUCAGAUUAUCUUCUAUUUCUAUCUAAAGAUUUUGUUUUAAAUGCGUGCACAAGUAUGCAAUUGAAAUCAUAUUAUUUUAAUUGAUGAUGCUAAUA